AUGACGAUAGGAGAGCACCGGGUGACGGGCGGCGUCCACACCGCCGCGACGCCUAUGGUCUCUCCCUCUCGCGAGAUGCUUGUGUGGCACCGAACAAGCGCCACCAUCGCAUCAUCCGAGGAUGAUCCUUCACAAGCAGGCGCAAACUGCGUCAUGGUCCAGGGCGUCAUCUCCAUGAUCCAAGAGCAGAUGGAUUACUUUGAAAAAAUGUUCCGUCCACCAAAAGAAGAAGCAUCUAAUUAUGAAGUUGUGUCUGUUGAACAUUCGAUCAGUAAACGAAGUAUUCCUGAACUUUCAAUCACGAUAAAAAGUGGUGGAAAUAAUAAACAUUAUAUUCUACAGUCAACAGAAGGCUUUUUUGCUGGUAUGGAUACAAAAAUUUGGUUAGCGAAAAGUUUCGCUUAUUAUUUAUUGCCUGAAGUUAUGGAGAAGGUGAAUAUUACAUUCUAUCAGAAUGAAGAAACAAAGUCUGCAAUAGCGCAUACUGUUAAUGAAAAUGGAACGUCAGAAUUUAACGGUAUUAUUGACGGUGACAAUGUGUUAAGUCCAUUAAAAAAUAUUAAUCCCAGUGAAUCAACAGUAAUCAACGAUAAAUUCAAUAAUCAUCAUAUACUUCAAAAACGAAAAACAUAUCAGCGCAAUGAAGUUCUUAGUUCAGAUUUAUUUCAUAAAAAAAUUGAACAACGACUAUAUUUGCCUCCCAAAAUUGUCUAUCCAGAAAUUUUGGUUUUUGUACAUGAAUCAAUUCUCGAAUCUUUUAAUAAUGAUUUCGUAAAAACUGUUGCUUACAUUCUAACUCUCUGGAAUGGUGUAGAUCUGUAUUUUAGAGAGAUGGAAAAACCUUCAGUUCGUUUAAACAUUGCUAAUAUUGUUUUAUGUCAGGGUCGCUUCAGUGCAGGAGAUCAGUUUUUUAUUACAAAUUACGAACUGAUUAAAUAUCAAUAUAUGAUGUAUGAAAAUAAGUUUAAAUUCAAUUAUGAUUACGACAUUAUUGUAAUGAUGGGUAAAACAAAUACUGAAGGAGGUUUAUCAUUCGAAGGAAAAGUUUGUUAUAACUCAGAUAAAGAAAACAGAUUAGAGUCAAUAGCAAUUGUCUCGGAUGAUGCCAUGUUUUCAGGAAUUAAAAAUGCAGCACAUGAGUUAGCUAAUUUAUUUGGAGCUCCGAUUAAUAAAAGUCAAAUAUAUUCAGGAUGUUUUAGUGUAGAAGGUGUAGUUGUAGUCACUCACCUUCCUACAGAAGAAGAUAAAUAUCAUUUUGAUGCAUGUUCCUUACAUCUAAUGUCAUUAACACUCAGUAAAUGGGAUGCUCGAUGCCUCAAUAAUAAUCCAGCUGCUAAUAGAAAUGAUGAACAAAUAUUGAGAAUUCUACCUGGAAAAUUGAUGACAAUUGAUGAACAAUGUCAAAAAAGUGGAUUUUCCAAAGCAUUGGAUGUGAUUACAAAUGUUUGCAAGCAAAUAAUUUGCAUUGAUGAUAAGAACAAAUUACAUUUUCCCAAGAAAGUAGCACUUGAAGGAACACCUUGCAACUUAAAUAGAUUUUGCUGGAAAGGAGAGUGUGUAGAUGUUACAUUUGAAAAUACAAAUCAAGCUUUGGAUUCAAAAAUAUUAUUUCCGCCAUAUUCUAAAUUGCCAGCUCCUGAGAAUAACUCAAAUAAAAAAUAA